GUUGACCAAUCCGCGAGCAAAGGGAAUCUGGGCACAAUACACCGCAGUCGCAGUGUAUUCCCUGUGUUUUACCAGGCGGAGCUAACAGUUCUGCUGGAGCGCUUUCCACUCAAAACGGAAACAUGCCCAAUGUUCACUGAAAGUUAGCUAUGGAAACAAAAAGCAUAAGUAACCAGAAUAGGUAGCUAGACGCGGUAGACUAGAUAUCAUUAUCUACAGUAAACACACUUCGUACGUGCUUAGAUAGCGUGGAAUCUUGCGCUAGCUAGCGUAGUCGUAGUGCUUUUGGUUGUUUUGUUAAGUAAAGGUAAACGCUAGCCUUUUCAGUGAUAAAUCGCUUGUUGUGUGGCUUACCAGCUCGAGAUGGAAUACCUGUUGAAGGUAAAGUUAGGCGCGCUCGUGGGUUUACUGAUACUCACCCUGUUUAUUGGAUUAAUUCCUGCCCGGAUGAAAUGGUUCAGGGAAACAAGCGGGACAGAAACCCAUAAAGUGCUUCUGAGCUUCAUCAGCUGUUUUGCGGGAGGCGUCUUUCUUGCCGCCUGUCUUCUGGACAUCAUUCCAGACUACUUGUCUGACAUUGGGGCGGAGCUGGAGGCACGAGCAGUGGACACAGACUUCCCUGUCCAAGAAUUCAUCAUGGCACUUGGAUUCUUCAUGGUGCUGAUCCUGGAGCGCAUUGUGCUGAACUGUAGUGGCCAGAGUGGGGAGGAGAGUGCCCCUCUCCUUGGCCAUGGGCACGGGCACGGGCACGGGCACGGCACAGCAGGCGAUCUGGAGGGCAGCAGCCAGCACGUCCACGUUGACAAGCAGGCCCACUCCUCCUUCCGUUCCUUUAUGCUCUUCCUCUCCCUCUCCCUCCACUCUGUGUUUGAGGGCCUGGCCAUUGGUCUCCAGUCCAAAGAGUCCCAGGUACUACAAAUCUGCAUUGCCAUCCUGGUCCAUAAGAGCAUCAUUGUCUUCAGCCUGUCUGUGAAGCUGCUACAGAGUGCAGUCAAGCCUUUCUGGGUGCUGGCCUAUGUGGGUGUUUUCGCAAUGAUGUCACCGCUGGGAAUAGGCAUUGGGAUCAGUGUGAUGGAGGCCAAGCUGGAAUCAGGGACUCUUAUCCAGGCUGUGCUGGAGGGCCUCGCUGCAGGAACCUUCAUCUACAUCACCUUCCUGGAGAUCCUGCCCCAUGAGCUGAACUCUCCUGAGAAACCCCUGCUCAAAGUGCUCUUCAUCCUGCUGGGCUUCAGCAUCAUGGCUGCCCUCGCCUUUAUCGGCUAAGAGAGGCCCCCUUGUGAGAGGAACGGACCCAGCAGCAGCUGGGGCACAGGGUAGGCUACUGCACUUCAGUGACAGAUCAUACUGGGACACUAUACAUUUUAAAUGAUUAAUGAAAGCAAAAUGUGCUCUGGAUAACCUCAGCUCCUAGAUGCUUUAGUUUAGCUUGUUUUUUUUUAACAAUGCACAAUGCCACUGUAAAUGAUAUUUUUAUGGCUUUUAGCAAAAGUGCCCAUCUGUUUAAUCCAUUUUAUUUGAAAAUGACCGGCCGUACUGUUUUUCAUUUUACUUUAUCUCAUGUCAGAUAACAUUUUUAACUACUCAAUUUUAAUCUGCUAGCUUCUAACUGACAUUAAAUAUCAGAGCAGAUGAUUGUUUCAUUCCAUUUGGAAUGUCAGUAUUUGUGUAACGGUAGCAGUGUUCCCUUAAAUGCCAAAGUGUUUUAAAAUUGUUUAAAGGGAAACUCCAAUCAAAGUCUACCAUUUGAUUUAUUCUGUAUGUGGAUUUGUGUGAAGGCUCCGCACACGGUUAAAACUAUUUCAUUUGAGUUUGCCUUUCCAUACGUUUUGCUCCGGACCUUCUUUUUUGCAGUGUCCACACACCCCUCCCUGCAUGGAGAGAGUUAAAGUCAUUGCAGCGUGUUUUGUAACGUGUGUGAAUGGUGGAAGUGCACAACACAGCUGUACGAGACGAGGAUGAAGAUGAGUACUGCCAAUCUAUGCAAUGAUGUCAUCAAUGAGACCACAAUGGCAUCCAUUUGGUCCGUAGACUUUAACAGUAGGCUCGAGAAGGCUCAGAAGAACUUAGCUGUGUCCUUUUAGUGAGGCUGUGCAAGUGUAAGUCUCACGCACAGUGUUUCCUGUGCCAAUUAUAGUGGCAUGUGAGUGUUGUGGGCUACUGAAAAAAAAAGGGCUGUGUCAACUGACUUGCAUCUUAACUGAGUAUACACUGUGAGCACUUUGUUAGGUAUUUAUUACACUUAUUUUUUUUAACUUAAGUCUACUGUUGUAGCCUAUCCACUUAGAUGUUUGAUGCAUUGUGUGUUCAGAGAUGCUGUUCUGCAUACCACUGUUGUAAUGUGUGGUUAUUUGCCUUACUGUCACCUUCCAGCCAGCUUUGACCAGUUUGGCCCUUCUCCUCUGACCUCUCUCAUUAACUCAUCCAGGCAGUUUUUUGUUUUCUGCACCAUUCUCUGCAAACUCUAGAGACUGUUCUGUGUGAAUCCCAGAUCAGCAGUUUCAGAAAUACUCAAAUCAGAAAUACUCAAACCAGCCCGUCUGUCACCAACGAUCAUGUAACUGAUCUCAAGCUCCUGACCUGUAUCUGCGUGAUUUUAGGCAUUGCACUGCUGACAUGCGAUUGGCUGAUUAGAUAAUCACAUGAAUAAGUAGGUGUACAGAUGUUCCUAAUAAAGUGCUCCGAGAGUAUACAGUGCUCAGCAAGUAUACAUUUUUAUUUAUUGUCAAAUCAGGUUGAGACCGAAAUACCUCUAUGUUUGUGCUGGUAAUGUGUAUCGUCUUUGUAAGUGUUUCAAUGUUUUCUGCUGUACUACUCUGAUAUGUGCUAUUGUAUCUGUAUAAAGGAAUGCAUAUAUGAAUGUGGAUAGACAUAUCUGUGCAGCAGAUAUGCUAUUUAGCCUGUCAUUUUGUUUUAUUUCAGAUGAGUCAAUACAGCAACUAACAGCUGUGAUUUCUAAGUUGAUUUUGUAAAACAAAUAUAACCCUGACAUCGUAAACAUGUCUUAAUUUUUAGGCAUUUGUAUUAUCCAGUGCUUUUCACUGUUCUGCAAUGUAAAAAUACCAGGAAGUCUAGUUUUAGUUUUCUUUUCAGCUGUGGUGGAUUUUAAGUAUGAGUGGCAAUUCCUUCUCAUCUAACAGACAUACACAUUUAUGAAAGCCUGAACAGAGUUUAGUUAUUCAGUUUGUGAAAUGGCUUUAAUAUAGUGUCCUCAGUUCAAGUGACUCUAGUCUUGAUUGUGAACCUGAGAGUCACAGAGCCAUACUUUUCACUACUAAUCCCAUAAUCCCCUACUGUUACCUUUGCUUGACCAUUGUGCAGGUUUCUGCAGAGCUUGGUGACCACCAGCCAUGUUAUCAGGCUUUAAGAAUAAACUGGAAUACAUGCCUGGUGUGUGAGCCACUCCCAUAGCUUCAUUGACAUCAUUUUCAGUUCUGAGAGAGGCCAACAGUAAUUUCAUAUGUUUGAAAGCGUCUAAAAGUCAUGAAACUGAAAGCAACUGAAGUCAUAUUCCUCUUGUCAAGAUAUCACUGCACUGACGAGUAAAAUCACUGCGCUUCAGUAAAAUACCUGAAAAUAAGGCCUUUUGUGCCACAAGGCACAAAGUAGAUAGGUGAUAGGUGAAAAUACCUGAAAAGGGAAUAGUUUGGCCAAAUCGCAUUCCCUCCUAUUCUAGCAUUACCAGUGUUCACCCCCACCUCACAUUUGACUGGGUGAGACAAAUUAUGUUACAUUUUUGCCUUUGCCUUCCUUCCUGUGUCAUGUUUUGCAGCUGUGGUUUUGUCUCUGUAGCUUCUGUUGAUUUGAGAACACCAUUUCAUGUGCUUUGGAUUUUGUGCCCUUGAGCUCAUUUUAAUGACUCAUCACUGCCCUCUGCUGAUUGGCUUAUUUGAACUGUGAACCUUAAUCUUCACAUAAUACAGUACAUUUAUAUGCAGUGGCUUAAAAAGUAUUUGCCCCGUUUGUUAUUUAUUCUAUAAUUGUAUAUCUGUCACACUGAAUGGUUUCAGGUCAUACAACAAAAUGUAAGAUGAGACAAAGGGAACCUGAGUAAACACAAAACCUUUUUUUAUAUUACUAUUUAAUUUAUAUAAUGGGAAAUGUUUUCAAACACCCAUAUCACCCCUGUGAAGAAGUACCCCUGUAAUCUCCCCCUAAUUGAUCAAUAACUGCAAACACUUUGUAUAAUUUGACAUCAAUAUUUCACAUUGCUGUGGAGUUCAGCCCACUUUUUUUUGCAGAACUGCUUUAACUGCUUUAACUGCUUUGACAUAUUCAUUUAAUGAAAUGUAUCAGUUUUACAAAACCAUUUCUACGGCUCUGGGACUGAACCACAGUGAGAGCUGGAGAACACUUGCAAACAGUGGUGAAUCUUCCUAGCAGUGGCUGGCCUGCCAAAAGUUCUCAAAGGGCUCAGUAACAACUCAUCCAGGAAGUCACAAAUGAUCCCAGCAGAUAAGGCAAAAGUGGAACUUUUUGAACGAUAUGGGUCCGAUUAUGUCUGCCGAGAUGGAAAUGCAGCAUUUUGCAGAUGCUUUGCUGCCUCAGGACCUGGACAACUUGAAUUGAAGGAACCAUUAAUUCAGUUCUGAACCAUAAAAUUCUUAAGGAGAAUGUCUGGAUAUCUGUCCAUGAGCUGGAGCUGGAGCUGAAGUGUAAUUGGGAUAUAUAGCAAGACAAUGAUCCAAAACACAAGAGUAAUUCUGCAUCGAAUUGACAACAAAAUUGAAGUUGACAUGAAAGUGACCUGAAAAAAGCAGUUCAUCUUUAUUAAAGCAUAAAUGUAGGAUAAAAAAAUCCUCAACAGCAUUGCGAAACACUGAUAUGAACUUAUAGGAAGUGUUUGGUUGCGAUUGUUGCUGCUAAAGGUCGUUAAACCAGUUAUUCAUGAUUAUUCAUGAUUCAUGGGCAAUUACUUUUUGACAUGGGUGAGAUGGGUGUUUGAUAACUUUUUUUUCAUUAAAUAAAUUAAACAAUGAGCCUCCUUUGUCAAAUAUUACAUUUUGUCUAAAGACCUGAAACCAUUCAAUGUGAGAAAUAUGCAAUACUGUAGAAAAUCAGGAAGGGGGCAAAUACGUUUUCACAGCAAUGUAUAAUAAGAAUCUGUGGCCUUUUUCUCUUUAGAUAAAUGUUUCCUUUCUACAUGCAGGGUGUUUAUGCACCUGUAGAUAAAAAAUGAAUUUUGCACUAUUAAAUUUCCAUUCCACCUAAAA